AUGCCGCCACGAACUCUGGCAUCCCUAUGCCCACGAUGCCAAUUCACACUCCGACCUCAAGCCUUUCCUAGACUAGCCACAUCGCCAUGGAUCACACAAACCGCGAGCUACGGCGGCGCUGCACCCAAGGCGAAGACGCCUUCGCGCAUGGUUCUGUCCGACAAAGUCUCCCGACCGAGAGAUCGAGAUGGAAAGCCGCCCCGACGACUGAUCCCAGGACCUUUUGGCGGUAUGAACCAGACGAACUUCAGAGCACCCGUAACUGCGCGACGCCCUGCGCGCCCGUCGCAGUCGAACACAAACCCAAGAUCUCGGAGGGGCGACUCCGACUCCGGAGCGGACUCGAGAAAGGCGCUGAAGAUGCAGCGGGCCCUGGCCGGCGUUUCGUAUGGAAAGAGAAACCACUUAAAGGACAAGAUGCAGGAAUACGAAUCCUUUGAGCAGUUCAAUUUGCUUCCUCAAGUCAAGACUGGAAUCUAUGAGGAUCUUUUGCGGGGCAUGGUUGACGUCAAGCCAACGGCGGUUCAGAGACUUGCCAUUCCGGCCAUGUUGGGCCAGUCCAGCGCUUUCAAGGUCCGGGGCGAGAAGAGGCAGGACUUCCUGCUUGCUGCCGAGACGGGUUCUGGCAAGACGCUAGCAUACCUGCUUCCGUCCGUCAAUGCUUUGAAGAUCGCCGAGGAACAAAACCCCGAGAUCCAGGCUUACAAGAAGAGGUUUGAGGAGGAAAAGGCAAGAGAGCAGGCUUCCAAGUCGAAGAGGAUGUCUGCGUUCGACGAGCCUCACCCGACCAUGGCUAGACCUCGUGUCAUUAUUCUGGUGCCCUCGGCAGAGCUUGUAGACCAAGUCGGCCGUGUCGCCAAGACGCUGUCACACGCGGUCAAGUUCAAGUCCGAAAAGCUAUCGUCGAAUCUCAGCGCCAAUCAAAUCCAGCGCAAUCUCUACUCCCCUCGCGGUGUGGACAUGAUCAUCGCGACACCUCACCUGCUUGCCUCCAUGGCAGACUCAGAUCCCAACAUCCUGUCACAAGUCACGCACUUGGUUGUCGAUGAGGCCGACUCCUUGUUUGACCGAAGCUUCGCGCCUGUCACUACCUCAAUUAUUGACAGAGCAAUGCCCUCGCUGCAGAAGUUCGUCCUCUGCUCGGCCACCAUCCCCAAGAGACUGGACAACUACCUUGCCAACAACUUCCCUAACAUGACCCGAAUCACAACACCAAACCUCCAUGCCAUCCCUCGUCGUGUACAAAUGGGUGUCAUCGACGUUGUCAAGGAUCCGUAUCGCAACAACAAGAAUCUCGCUUGCGCCGAUGCUAUUUACACCAUUGGCCGGGAGGCAUCGAAACAUGAAGGGCCCGUCCAGGACGAGAUUGAUGUCCGUCGCAUCAUGGUGUUUGUCAACGAGCGCGAAAAGACCACAGAAGUUGCCGACUACCUGCGCUCCAAGGGCAUUGACGCCAUUGCCCUCAACAGAGACACGGCCGACAUGCGUCAGUCGGAAAUGCUCUCAUCGUUCACCUCUGCGGAGCCUUUACGUGCCGUCCCCUCUCAAUCCUCCGUUCAAGGCAAGCGGUCUCUACCCAACACCAAGGUCAUCGUUGCCACCGAUCUUGCUUCACGAGGUAUCGACACUUUGGCAGUUCGUCACGUAAUUCUGUACGAUGUGCCGCACACCACAAUCGACUUCAUCCACCGUCUGGGGCGUGCAGGUCGUAUGGGACGCCGUGGAAGAGGUAUUGUCCUCCUCGGAAAGGACGACAAGAAGGACGUUGUUGCCGAGGUGAAGGAGAGCAUGUUCAUGGGACAAGCCCUGAUUUAG